UUUAGACCUUGCUAUAUUUUUAGUGCAUAAAAUCCAUAUCAUAUACAGUUUUCCCUAUUUGCCUGGCGCAAAGCCAAGAGAUUAGUCCCACGUUAGCCAUCGGUGGCUGGCAGCCUAGGCCUGCGCCUCAAUCCACCAGAAGCCCAGUGCUAGCCGUGCAUCAACAGCUUGGCGGCCAGGGGCUCUCUUUUUUUCAUUGACAGCAACCGACAGCCAACGCUCCGCUCCAUGUAGUCUCUCCCCCCAUGUAGUCUCUCCCCCAUGCUGGAAACGAGCCCUGCAUCUCUCCCAGCAGGCACCCUACUCGGCAGGCGUUGCUGAACACCAGUGGCCCCCCUAUUCCAACGCAACCGCCGUCGACAAGAAGCACGACACGACCAAUGCCCGCCACGGGCCCGUCCUCGCCCGCGGCCGGCCAGUCGUCGACCCCGCCGCCGAACGCCGCCAUGGUGUACCGCCCGACGUCCCCGGACCACGAAUCACAGCGCCUCAUGGCCGACAGCAGCAGCAGCAGCGGCCGAUACGACGACCACGACGAUGCCGGCCGCCGCCGCUCGCUGAGGCUGCGCUUCCACCUGGUCCACUGGCUGCGCCUGCUCGUCGCGUUCCUGAGCGUCGCCAGCGUCUGCCUGACGGCCGGCGGCGACACGCUGAUCCCGGCCGCCAUCCCCGUCUUCGUCUUCGCCACGCUCUCGACCGCCUGGAACGGCGCGAUCCUGUUCGGCUGGGCCUUUUGCCACGGGCGGGGCCGCGGCGGCCGCCGCCGCCUGCGCUGCCUGUGCCUGAGGCUGCCGGUCUGCCUGUGCCAGCUCGGCGCUUGCAGGAUCGGCUGCGGCGACGACGACGAGGCGGGCGAUGGCCAUGGUGGCGGCGGCGACCUCGAGGCGGCGGCGGCGGCGGAAAAGAACGAACUGCUGCCGCGGCUAGCAGCCAAGGCGCUCUGGGUCGUCGACCUGCUCUUCGCCGUCCCGUUCCUCAUCUGCCCUGCCAUCUACAAUGCCCAGGCCGAGCUGUUUUGGUGGGCGAGAUACAACAGGGAGAAGCUGAUGGCCUUGAACUUUAUCAUUUGGCCUAUUUCCGUGCUGUUCCUCCUUAUCGCCGCCCUCCAACACACCCGCCUCGGCCGCGGCGUCACCAUCACCAUAACGCCCGACGACCCGGUCCAUGAUUCGUACAGGCCCCGGGCCCGAUCACCGAGGCGCUCCCCGCCAUGAGCCGUUUUGGCGCAAGGAACGCGUCGUCCCCCCGCAUUGUCUUAUCGAAUAUACAAUGCCAUAACAAGAUGAUAUAGAUGUUGGAUUAGAGACAGGAGAGCAUAAUCGGCUCGGCCUUGGAGGCUUCUUUGGAUAGCGAUAAAGUAUAGAUACACCCAGAGGCGAUCAUCUGGAACCGUCGUAUCUGCAGAUUGGACAGCGACUCGUUGGACAACCUAGCAUGGAUUUUAAAGCACUUAAUUUUCUACCUAGUUACCCGCCAGGCUACACACCACCCCUUUGGAUAUCUACCUAC